UAAACUCACAACCUCUCCUCUCCUCUCUCUCUCACACCAAAGCAAAGCAAAGCAAGCAACUCUCUCUCUCUCUCUCUCUGCAAUCCAAUUUGUGUUUAGCCUUUUGGGUUGAUUGAGAAAAUGACUGUGGAGGAGACCCAGGUGGCGGUGGCGGUGGCGGCUGAGGUCGUGGAGGUUGAGGAGCCGGUGAAGGAGUGCGAGAAGGCUGUUGUUGAGGAAUCCGAGUCCAAGCCAACCACUGUUGAGAAGAGCACUUCUUAUAAGGAGGAGAGCAACUAUCUCUCUGAUCUCAAGGAGUUUGAGAAGAAGGCUUUGGUUGAGCUCAAAUCGAAGCUCGAAGAAGCCAUUUUGGGCAACAACAUUUUCAAGAAAGAUGAGCCCAAGAAGGUUGAGGAGAAGGUGAAGGCCGUAGCUGACGUCGAGGAGAAGAAGGAAGAGAAAACAGAGGCUGCUGUGAAAACAACAGAGGAAACAGAGGCUGCUGUGAAAGCAGAGGAAACAGAGGCUGCUGUGAAAAAAACAGAGGAAACAGAGCCUGCUGUGAAAAAAGCAGAGGAAACAGAGGCUGUUGUGAAAGCAGAGGAAACAGAGGCUGUUGUGAAAGCAGAGGAAACAGAGGCUGUUGUGAAAGCAGAGGAAACAGAGGCUGUUGUGAAAACAGAGUGUGCUGAAAAAACAGAGGAAGGAGAAAAGGCACCAGAAUUGGCUGAGAAGAAAGAAGAAUUAGCAGUUCCGGUAUGCGAGGAAGAAGCGAAACCCGAAUCCAGCGAAGUCGUCGACACAGAUAUCUCACUCUGGGGUGUGCCUCUGUUCCCUGCAAAAGGAUCUGAGGGAACUGAUGUGGUGCUCUUGAAAUUCUUGAGGGCCAGGGAGUUCAAGGUGAACGAAGCCUUCGAGAUGCUGAAGAAGACUCUGCAGUGGAGGAAGGAGUCGAAAAUUGAUUCAAUUUUGGUUGAGGAGAUCUGCUCUGAUCUGAGCUCUGCUGCUUACUUGAACGGUGUGGAUCGCGAAGGCCACCCUGUAUGCUACAACAUCUUCGGAGUGUUUGACAACGAAGAGCUUUACCAGAAGACGUUCGGAAAUGAAGAGAAGAGAGGCCAAUUCUUGAGGUGGAGGGUUCAAUUGAUGGAGAAGAGUAUCCAGAAGCUUGAAUUAAGGCCUGGUGGUGCUACUUCUCUGCUUCAGAUCAAUGACCUCAAGAACUCGCCUGGGCCAAUCAAGAAGGAGCUUAGGGUUGCAACAAAGCAAGCUGUUGGGCUCUUGCAGGACAAUUACCCUGAAUUGGUUGCCAAAAAUAUUUUCAUCAAUGUUCCAUUCUGGUACUAUGCACUCAAUGCUCUGUUGUCUCCAUUCUUGACUCAAAGAACCAAGAGCAAGUUUGUGGUGGCUCGCCCCGCUAAGGUCACCGAGACCCUUCUCAAGUACAUUCCAGCUGAGGAGAUACCGGUUCAGUAUGGUGGCUUCAAGAGGGAAAAUGACACCGAGUUCUUCUCCUCCGAAGAUGGUUCUGUUUCUGAGCUAACUCUCAAGGCCGGAUCAACCCAAACCAUAGAGAUUGAUGUAGCUGAGGUUGAUAAUAGCACAUUGGUUUGGGAUGUGAGUGUUUUGGGAUGGGAAGUGAAUUACAAGGAGGAGUUUGUUCCUAGUGAUGAAGGGUCUUACACCAUUAUUGUUCAGAAGAAGAAGAAGAUCGGAGCUACUGAAGGGCCUAUUCGCAACACUUUCCGAAGCAAUGAGCCUGGAAAGGUUGUCCUGACAAUCGAGAACACUUCGAGCAAGAAGAAGAGGGUGCUGUACCGGCACAAGUCCAACAAGUGCUUUUGAGAAUUGAGCAGAGGGUUGACAAAGAAACAUGGGACAUAGUGGGGAGAGCAUUAUAUAUAUACAUAUUAGAAUUGAUUCUUUUGCAGUUUGGGAACAAUAAGCGAGUGUGAGAAGACAGAGAAAUUGAUAGUUCAUUCUUUGCAGAAUCUCACUAUGGUCCUGUGUUUGAUAUGUUUUGAAGUGUAUCAUUUCCUUCAUUUGGGAUUUUCAUCCUGCAGACUUUGGGAGUGAAAUAUAUAUAUAUUGGUUUAUUCAUUUGGAGACUCAA